AGCAGAUUAUAAUGCAGCAUGACUUCAGGAAAUCAGUCAGUACACAGCAAAGGAAAGGUGGAAUCACAAAUGAGCUGGGGGAAAAUAUAAAAUGAGCUCUGACCUGAAGGAAAGAAUGAACUAUUUGCUUUAUAUGCAAAUUAUGUCUGCACAGGUCUUACUUUCAGGUACAUUUGAUGUUGCUGUGUCGAAGACCACAUUGGUAGGAAUCCACAAACAAAGUAUUGUCCUUGGAUGCUGUUUUACUAUUGAUAGUGGUUUGCCAUUGGACCAUAUAAUCAUCACCUGGCAACGUGCCAAGGGCAAUGACGUGGUGCACAGUUAUUAUUAUGGCAAAGACCAACUCAGUCUACAGAGUGAGCAGUAUUCGGGCAGAACAAGUCUAUUUCCAGAGGAAUUCAAACAUGGCAAUGCUUCAUUGAAGCUAACAGGAGUGAGAGCUGAGGAUGCUGGACAGUAUGUGUGUUUUGUCAGCAAUAUACUAGGAAGUGCCAAAGGGACAAUUUCAUUGAAGUUUGCAGCUUACUACAGGGAUCCACAACUGCUCAUCAAACUUGAACCAUCCAGUUCAACUUUCAUUCUAGAAUCUCAAGGUUAUCCUGAGCCAUCUGUUUUCUGGUAUUGUGCAGAAGAUAAAAAUAUGUUCCUUCAGCCUGAAAUUUCAUUUGUUAAAAGUGAAGACGGUCUUUACUCAUUCCAAAGUAUUCUUAAAGUUGAUAACGCAAAGUUGAACUGUAGCCAUGUGGUUGAAAUUCAGAACUCCCCUGUUAACCAGACUGUUACCAGGAAAUUCAACCUCCUCUUACUCCAACAAGAUAGUCAGCAACAAAACCCCAACAAAAACACGUGGAUUGCUCUCAGCUCCUGUUCAAUAAUGAUAUUUGUAGCAAUUAUUGUUCUGGUAUUGCUAAUCUGUAAAAGGAAACAUUCUCAAGAACAGAAAACUGAAGAAAAAAGAAAGUGUGCAUUUAUAUGAGUGAUCCCAUGAAUGGAACAGUUAACUUUUGUUCAUUAUCAUUGAUAGGCAAGGGCAGUAUCUUAUUUUCUACUGUUAGAAAGCAGAAGUUCAAGAAGAAAGCCCAUCCUGUGUGGUGAAGGUACUUCCACAGUGCUGUUAGCAAGGGAGUUACUGGGUGUUGAGCCAGCAACAAUAAAGAAACAGUGCUAUAUGUUGUAAUUAACGUUGGAAGCGAACUUGGAGGUAAAGCUCUUCCAUUGCAGCUACUUGUUCAUCCAGGUGUUGAAGACACAGCUGAAGAAGCAGCGUUUCUCCUAUAGAUUCUACCUAUUGUAACCACAGUGCAUCUUUAAUGCACUACACGUAAUGCUAGGACUAAGUUUUGAUCACUAAAAAAUACACUGUUUCUAAACCCACAAGGUCUGUGCUCAUUCUAUGAAUGACUACAGUUUAUAUCUCUGGAGUUAUGUAGAAGUUGUUCUCUGCUUUCCCAUCCCAUGUCCUUCUAAAUCAUGGAUUAAAAUACAAUAAUGUUUUGAAGCUCAUGAGCAGCUAGCAGUGAGAAUAUGAUGCAUAAAUAGAUAGCUCUGGUUAGCUUAACUUUCAGCUGCAGCUUUUCAAUGACUGAGGUUAUUUCAAAUUUGAUCAUUUCCGGCUUACAUAGUGAAGCUCAUAAUACAGAUAUAUUAAUCAUAAAACAAACAGCCAGAAUCUUCCAAUUACACAAACAGAAAACAGAGAUGGACAGGCAAAGACAAAUGAAGUCCUGUAAGGGGUUCGAUGUACAUUGUUGCCAGCAGAAAAAGUUGUUUUCCACCCUAAAGUUGAAGGAGAAAGAUUGAGCUCCAGAAAAUAACAUGAUGCUUAAUUAAAUAGGCAUCGAGUACAAAUGUCAAAAGCUGUGGCCCCAGAAGUUCACCAUCUGUGAUCCAGGAGUGGUGCAGAUAUCAGGGUCACUGGUGCCUUCUGUGUGGUCCUGCCAGUGUUUGUCAAGUCACCAAGAAGUUAUCUAGUUUGCCUGUGCUGGAGAGUACCAGUGCUGCUAUCGAUGCAUUUUCAGUGCAGCUACAAUAUCUGCCAUAGCAAGUGAGUAACCAAGGCCCUCUCUACUGGCCUGUCAGACCUUAGUCAUAACUCUUGCAGCUGUUCUACUCCACAAAGCCAUGCAGUGAAGGAUAGAACUGGAGCUAAUGUUUACAAAUUUUUGUAAUUUUUUUAAGGAGAUGCACAUUUCGAACAUAUCCCUAAUUAUGCUACCACACCAACUAUUUAUAGGUGGACAAGUGAAGUCCCAGUUAUGGCCCACCCGCUUUGUACAAUUAAACACAAUUAAUAUACAAUUAACAUUGGCCUCCUUAUUUGGGGAUGAUCAAGUAAGUUUUAAAAAAAAUUAGUCCAACUUUUGGGGAUCCUCUGGGGGUGAUCCACUUAAGCCUAUUUAGGGGCAAGUAUUAUUCACCUCAUCUGGCAUCUCAACCCAGUGUUGGAAACCAAAAACAGUAGUGCAGCUGGAAACCUUGUUUUUGGGAGACCCUGGUCCUAGUGUAGCCUUAUUAACAUUUGCUGUAAAAGGAGAAGAUAGCAGAAUCUUUCUACUACUUAAAACAGGGUCUCAGUCAUGUUCUCUCUGGUUCUGUCACAUUCCUGCCAAAUUGAAGUUGAGCAGAACCUAUGUGGACUUUUAGGGCCAAGAGUUUAUGCAAUAUGCCUUUACUUGUUUUGUAUUCAAUAUUUAAUAAUUUCUUCACAAUAAAUACCUGAUUCUAAUCUAAUGCAUCCUGUAAGUUUGGUUCACGGUCAGAUUGAUCACCUGAUGUACAUGCCCACAAUUUUAUAUUCAAAUCACUUCAUUGGAGCCAAAUAUCAGACAGGACGUAAACCCCAAAUGAAGCCCAUUUCGGGUGGGACACAGACAUUUGGACACUACUGUAAUCUGAUGCGUUUCCAUCUGGCAGUUUGUGAAUGUGAUCCUUCAAAAAGAGGGCUUAAAUUCAAUUCUUAACAGAAAUAAUAAGCACUGCCUGAA